AUGGGGGGCUUGAUAUCAACGUUGAUGGACCUGCGAAACAGCAUGUCUUUGGUGCCACAUCCGGUCCUUACCGGAAAGAGGGAGCAGCUGACAUUGACGCUGCCUGGAACAGAGACGGAAACGACAUCGGCCAUCUACCGCCACAGUCGAACUGGAAACGAGGCGGAGCACCGGCGAAUUCAGGAGGAAUACCGUGCAAGAAAUUGUGUGCAAACGCUUGAGGAGAAAUGCAAAACAUUGGGCCCACGUCCUGCUGUUGCUUACCGUCCGCUAGAGCGAUUAGAGCGCCGCUCCGUCCGCAAUGCGGAUGGGACUGAGCGCACGCUUGACUACUAUCACUUCCGUGGGCGUCAGGUGGUGUCUUACGAGGAUUUAUGGCAUUACAUUACGUCCUUCGGCUCGGGGUUACUUGAGCUUGGGGUGCCUCAGCGUAGCAAGAUCACCAUUUAUGAAGACACGCGAUGGGAAUGGCUUGUGUCUAUUUACGGUAUCUGGACGCAUAACAUGGUCGCCACGACGGUCUAUGCGAACCUCGGUGAAGAUGCCUUGAGAUACGCCCUCUCGGAGACCGAUUCAGCGGUUAUCAUUUGCAGUGGCCGGACACUGAAGAUGCUUCUCACGCUGCUCCGUGAACGAGGGCUACAUCCCAUCAUUGUUUGCCUCGAUAGCGUUCCAGUUGAUGUCGACAAGGGUGACUAUCAAAUCGUUGCGUGGACGGAUGUUGUGAAAAAGGGCGCGGAGGCAAAACAUGCCAUAAACAUUCCCACCGACAACGACAUUGAGGCGAUGAUUAUGUACACAAGUGGCACGUCCGGCGAUCCAAAGGGCGUCAUUCACACUCACGGUUCGAUUGCCGCGGGUAUUAAUGCUCUUGAAGAGCGACUAAGCGAUCUUUACAAUUCGACAGCAGAAACGGAAACGUACUGUGCUUUCUUGCCACUUGCACAUAUUCUCGAGUUUGGCAUUGUAAACAUCUUUUUGAAAAGAGGCAGUCUGGUUGGGUUUUGUAAUCCCCGGACCCUUACAGACGAAUUUGCCAUUCCGCACGGUGAUUUCAAAGAGUUUUCCCCAAAAAUUAUCAUUGGCGUGCCGCGCAUCUUUGACACGAUCAAGAAGGGUGUAGAGAGGAAGAUUCCACCUCCGAAUAGUUUAAGACGAAUGAUAUUUGACAAGGCAUUCACCUCACGUCUGAGGGCCAUCAUGAGGGAAUAUGACACGCCUUUCUGGAAUCAAAAGGUGUUUAGCGAUGCGCUCAAGUUGCUUGGGGGAAAAACAUACGCAAUGCUUUCCGGCGGCGGCCCUCUUAGUGCUGAGACGCAGGAAUUUAUUGACGUUUGUUUUGGCGGUCCGAUGGUGAUUCAGGGCUGGGGUCUCACAGAGACGGUGUGUUGCGGUGCGACGCAGCGCCUGGGAUACAUAGCAACAAACGACGUUGGUCAGCUGCUUGUGACAGCAGAAAUGAAGCUGCUGGACGUGGAUGAGUACAAGCACACGGACACCCCCGAGCCGCGGGGGGAGAUUCUUCUGCGGGGUCCGUUCCUCUUCAAGGGCUACUACAUGCAGGAAAAACUCACGCGAGAGGCUCUUGACGAGGAUGGCUGGUUUCACACGGGUGAUGUUGGCAGCAUCACGGCGAACGGUUCCCUGCGUAUUAUUGGCCGUGUGAAGGCACUGGCGAAGAAUGUGCUGGGAGAGUACAUUGCGAUGGAGGCACUGGAGUCCAUGUAUGUAGACAACGCACUUUGCGUGCCUAAUGGUGUGUGUGUGCUUGUCCAUCCUGCUCGUUCGUACAUUUGCGCGCUGGUGCUGACAGAUGCUGUAAGGGCGGCCAAUUUUGCUGAAAAACACGGUCUGCGAGGUUCAUUGGAGGAUCUGCUUAAUAACGAGACUUUUCACAAAAAGGCAGCGGAGUCGUUGGCCGCCACGGCGAAGAAGGCUGGACGCAAGUCAUUUGAAUUGGUGAGGUACGUUCGCGUACUGAACGACGAAUGGACACCAGAAAACGGUCUUAUGACGCCCACCUCGAAGCUGCGUCGUGGUAACAUUGAGAAACAUUACACCGAACUCAUUAAGCAGCUUUUCACUGAGGAUCGAUGA